AUGAAAAGAUUCCUCAAGUUAAAUUUGGACAUUAGCAAAAAGAUUACCUAUGAACAAUCACAUAGGAAGUGUUUUUUUUAAAGGGACUAUGUUAGAAUGGAAUGGACCAGAUAAAAGUUACCCAAAUCGCAAUUGGAGUUUGACAUUGUUUAAAAGGUCAUCAUGAAAAAUAAAAAGAAUGUAAAAAAAACUUACCUGAUCAUGAUGCAUCAGAAUAUCAUGAUGAGACAGAAGAAAGAUGGGUCCUUAUGUUGGAUCGACUUUGAAAAUUCCAUUUUGGAUUCUAUCAACGACCCAUAAUUUGGAGAUGGCAUCAGACUAACGAAAUGUUUCGACGAAAUAGAAAUCUAUGGAGAAUUAGAUAAAAUGCUCCCUAUUUUUAAGAAAUACACUAUCCAAUUAGAAUUCACUUAAUAAUAUCAUUUUUUAAAGAAGAUUAAUUCUUGUGAUAAAACUGAGGUUUUUAGAAUAAGGUCGAAAACAGAUAGAAAUGAUUAUUAAUGCAAAAUAUUUUAUAAAAAAGCACUCAACCUUACCAUGGAAAAAUAAAUAGAGAAGGAAUUGUAUAUAUUGAGAAGAAUUAACGAUGAAUAUAUCCAAAAAUACUUUGAAACCUUUGAAAAUUAGGACUAAAUAAUAAUCAUAGAAGAAUUAAUAAUAGGCGGAAAUUUUGAUUCUUAUUUAUAAAAAUGGCCAUUAUUGUCAGAGGAAAAAGCAUCCAAAUUUUUUUUUAAAUUAUUUAAAAGUUUAGCUUAUCUUCAUUCCAAAGGGAUAAUGCAUAGAGACUUAAAACCAGAAAAUAUUGGGCUUAGAUUGAAUGGAAACCUUGAAAACCCUUGCAUUUGUUUUUUCGGAUUGGCUGAUGUCGUAAAGACCCCCAAAUAUUUAUUUUAAAGAUGUGGAACACCAGGAUUUGUUGCUCCAGAAAUCUUGAAGAAUUAGUAAUAUGAUUGCAAGGUUGACAUCUAUAGUUUGGGAAUUAUGAUGUAUUAUUCAUUGACCGGGAAAAAGCCUUUCGAUUCAGAUGACUAUCAACAGUUGAUCGAGCAAAACGAGGAAGGAUAAGUAGACAUAUCGAUUCUAAAGUUAAGUAAAGAAGGGCUGAUGCUUAUUGAAAGCAUUCUCAAACCUGAUCCAGAUGAAAGAAUUACAGCUUAAGCAGCCUUAAAUCAUAUUUGGUUUAAGACGGAGAAGCUUUCUAAAUUAAUGGAGUUUAAGGCGCAUAACAACAUCAAGAAAUUUUAAUUUAAAAGUCCAUAACAUCGAAAAAGCAUGCAAAAUUCCCCUAAAUUGUUACCUAUUGUACUUAAUAAGCAAAGCGUUGAUUAAAGUUAUGGCAGUCCUUUAUAGCAUUAAUUUUCGAAUGCUUAUAGAAAUUCUAUUAAUUCUCAUAAUCAUUCAAUCUUUCGUAUUACUACAUUGAAUGGAAGUUUUAGUCCAAAAGACGUUCAAUCUUUUUCUUAAUCGUUAAAUCCUAAUAGUUUAUUGGUAAGGCCAAGUGGAAUUUCACCUUCAUUUUUCGCCAAGACAUCGAGACCGUCAUAAUCAAUAUCUGUUUUAAUGCCGAAUAUAUUCCCUAAGCAAUUGGAAUAAAAGUGA